AUGCGAGAAGGAGAGACCCUGAUAACGUACUCAAACAGAUACUGGGAGAUGUUCAAUGAGAUAGAUAGUGGUUUUGAUGAUUUGGCCAUAAGAACUUUCAAGGUCAGCCUACCUGUCGAGCAUGGUUUAAGGAAGUCUUUGAUUGGAAAACCUGCUAACAGUGUGUGCCAACUUAUGGACCGAAUUGAUAAGUAUAAGCGGGUCGAGGAAGAUCAACAACAGGGGAAAGGGAAGGCAAAGGUUAUCCCUCAAGAAAGGAGGGAUUUCAGGUCAGAUCAAUACAACAAUAACGGGCCCCGGCGAGACUUUGCUGGGCAAUCAGGGUCUGCCACUGCUCAAAUGGUUAACACGGAAUUCCAGGAGCUAGUACACCAAGUCUUGGAGAAAAUCAAGAACAAGUCAUUCUUUAAGUGGCCAAAUAAGAUGGGAGGUGACCCCAUGAAGCGCAAUCAAAGCCUUCAUUUCCAGUACCUCUAG